AAAUCCUUAAGCUAUAAAGAAGUUACGGGGGGCAGUUUUCGGCUUCCAAUUAGGAAUAAUAGUGAACUGGCUUGGUAGCAACUACGGAGGACCAGGAUUCUAAAAUCACCUCACUCGUCCCAAAGGUUGCAUCCUCCUCUUUCUGCCACGCACCCCUCCUCCAAUUCAUGAUCCAGAAAAGGGAGCCGGGAAUGCUCUGCUCCGGUGGGAAGCGGAGAGGCCGGCGGAGUCGCUGGGUUGGACGGUAGGCAUGAGAACAGUUAAGAGAUGGGCGCCCCCGAAACCUCUGCCGCUUGUGGGGACUGAAGGGCCUUGAAAGAGCUGUCUGGGGUUCCUGCUCUUCCCAAAGGGGCUCGGAGAUACCCUAAAUGCCGCGAGACUGAAGAGCAAACGUCAGGGAUUAUUAUGUCGAUUUUCCGAGGACCAGGGUUCGCAGCUCGGAGUAGAAGAAAAGGCUGGCUCCUCAGGGGUCCCACUGGCAUUUGAUACCCCGGACGGCCCCCAAGAUUGCCCAAAUUCCGUGGAUCGGCAACUUUCCUAUACUGCAUCCCGCAUUUUCAAAGAACAUAUUUUCCGUUCACCCCGGCUGGUCUUUUACUGCCAUCAAUAUACUGUUCUUGGUGCAAAUACUUCAGCCUCUUUAUUCAAAGUAUGUUUUAUGUUUUUGCCAAAUAUGAUCUCUAAUUGAAAGUUUAUUUUUGGUUUUGGAUGAGUCUGCGGAGCUUAAGUUGUGAGAAGAAAGGGGGAACAAGACACAAUGAAAGAAAAGUCCAAAAAUGCUGCCCGGACUAGGAGGGAGAAGGAAAACAGUGAAUUUUAUGAACUGGCUAAAUUACUGCCUUUGCCCUCGGCUAUCACCUCGCAGCUGGACAAAGCAUCCAUAAUCAGACUCACUACCAGCUAUCUCAAAAUGAGAGUGGUGUUCCCAGAAGGGCUGGGCGAGGCGUGGGGCCACUCAAGUCGGACCAGCCCCCUGGACAACGUUGGCCGAGAACUGGGCUCCCAUCUGCUCCAGACCCUGGAUGGCUUCAUCUUCGUGGUAGCCCCAGAUGGGAAGAUCAUGUACAUCUCAGAGACAGCCUCGGUCCACUUGGGUCUUUCUCAGGUAGAGCUGACCGGAAACAGCAUUUAUGAAUACAUUCACCCGGCAGACCACGACGAGAUGACGGCGGUGCUCACCGCCCAUCAACCCUACCACUCUCACUUCGUGCAGGAGUAUGAGAUCGAGCGCUCCUUCUUCCUGAGGAUGAAGUGCGUCUUGGCCAAGCGUAACGCCGGCCUCACCUGUGGCGGCUACAAGGUCAUCCACUGCAGCGGCUACUUGAAGAUCCGCCAGUACAGUCUGGACAUGUCCCCCUUUGACGGCUGCUACCAAAACGUGGGCCUGGUGGCCGUGGGCCACUCGCUGCCGCCCAGCGCCGUCACGGAGAUUAAGCUACACAGCAAUAUGUUUAUGUUCCGCGCCAGCCUGGACAUGAAGCUCAUCUUUCUGGACUCCAGGGUGGCGGAGCUGACGGGGUACGAACCUCAGGACCUGAUUGAGAAGACUCUGUACCACCACGUGCACGGCUGCGACACCUUCCACCUGCGCUGCGCGCACCAUUUGCUGCUGGUGAAGGGACAGGUGACCACCAAGUACUACAGAUUCCUGGCGAAACACGGCGGCUGGGUAUGGGUGCAGAGCUACGCGACCAUCGUGCACAACAGUCGCUCCUCCAGGCCACACUGUAUCGUCAGCGUCAACUAUGUCCUCACAGACACAGAAUACAAAGGGCUGCAGCUCUCCCUGGAUCAGAUCUCAGCCUCCAAACCAGCCUUCUCCUAUACCAGUAGCUCCACCCCCACCAUGACUGACAAUAGAAAGGGGGCCAAAUCCCGGCUCUCCAGCUCAAAGUCAAAAUCCAGGACUUCCCCAUACCCUCAGUAUUCGGGAUUUCACACGGAAAGAUCGGAAUCUGAUCAUGACAGCCAGUGGGGCGGAAGUCCCUUGACCGACACGGCCUCUCCGCAGCUUCUGGACCCCGCCGACAGGCCUGGCUCCCAGCACGACGCAUCGUGCGCCUACAGACAGUUUUCGGACCGCAGCUCUCUCUGCUAUGGCUUUGCGCUUGACCACUCGAGGCUGGUGGAAGAGAGGCAUUUCCAUACCCAGGCCUGUGAAGGAGGCCGGUGUGAGGCAGGCAGGUACUUCCUGGGAACGCCGCAGGCCGGGAGGGAGCCCUGGUGGGGCUCUCGCGCAGCGUUGCCCCUGACAAAGGCCUCCCCGGAAAGCAGAGAAGCCUAUGAAAACAGCAUGCCUCACAUCGCUUCAGUCCACAGGAUCCAUGGGCGAGGUCAUUGGGAUGAAGAUAGUGUGGUCAGUUCUCCAGACCCUGGGUCGGCCAGCGAAUCAGGUGACCGAUAUCGUACUGAGCAGUAUCAAAGUAGCCCACAUGAACCCAGCAAAAUUGAAACUCUUAUAAGAGCCACCCAGCAAAUGAUUAAAGAAGAAGAGAACAGAUUACAGCUAAGGAAAGCCCCCUCAGACCAACUGGCUUCCAUUAAUGGGGCUGGGAAAAAACACUCCCUGUGUUUUGCAAACUACCAACAGCCCCCACCAACAGGUGAAGUCUGCCAUGGCUCUGCUCUUGCCAACACUUCACCAUGUGACCACAUCCAGCAGAGAGAGGGAAAAGUGUUGAGCCCUCAUGAAAAUGACUAUGACAACAGUCCCACCGCACUAUCUCGGAUAAGUAGUCCCAAUUCGGAUCGCAUUUCAAAAUCCAGUUUGAUCCUAGCUAAAGACUAUCUGCAUUCGGAUAUAUCUCCUCAUCAGACAGCAGGAGACCACCCUACUGUCUCUCCAAACUGCUUUGGCUCUCACCGGCAGUAUUUUGAUAAGCAUGCUUACACAUUAACUGGAUAUGCCCUGGAGCACUUAUAUGACAGUGAAACCAUUAGAAACUAUUCCUUGGGCUGUAAUGGCUCACACUUUGAUGUAACUUCCCAUCUAAGGAUGCAACCAGACCCAGCACAAGGACACAAGGGAACAUCUGUUAUAAUAACCAAUGGAAGCUGAUGUUUUGCUGAAAUAUUUUGUUCUUUAAGGAUCUCUGAAACAUAUUUAUAGUUUAAUACCCCAUUACCAGCAUUUACUAUGCCACAGAUUGUUAGAGAGCAUAACUUAAGUUACUGGGUAUUUGAUACGUGUUCCUAUAAAAUCAAAGAAAACAUAGCACUAGCAUUCAGGGUUAUACACAGAAAAGGGAGCUAAAUUGAAUACACAAAUUUCCCCUCUAAUUAUAUGGGAACCAGAAUAGAUAAAUUUUGACUUGAAAAAUAUUCAUGUAGAUCAAGUGUGCAUAUAUACUACAUGAGAGGACUGAUGAAUGACAACAUUGCAUUGUGACUAUCCAGUGAUCCUCAUACACACAAACUAUUACUUACAAACUGCAGUAUACAUUUUACAUAUGGAAAUAUAGGCUAUGUAAUGUAAAGACAUCAAAAAUGGGUAAUUUUCUUUGACUCUAUCACACUAAACUUCUUAAAGAAAUUUCCAUUCCCAAAAUAACUGAGAAAGAGAGAGAUAUAUCUUAUAAACUGACUUCUUUGUGGUUUCAAAUCAGCCAGCUCAUUUGGUUCAGGCAUAAAUUAGAGAAAUGGUUCUGGAUAUGGUGCAAAAAUGAGUUUUCACCUGGUAUCCAUUAUAAACAAUCAGGAAGAGGUAAUUUUUCACCUUGCUUUUCAGUUAGACAAGGACCAGGAUUGUACUGACAUGGCGCUAAGGGUGUUUCUAAGUAAAAACACUGAGAUGUUGGGACACACAUCAAAAACCUGGAGUGCUCAAUUGGAAGUAGUUCUAUGAAUGUGGAAAGGCCAGAGGCAGAGUGAAAUAAAAUGAUAUUUCAAAAUUUAACACAAUUUAAGGGCCCAGCAUAAGUAAACAACAUAUUUGGGGUUUGCUUGUAAAACCAACUAAAUAAAAAAUUCAAACCAAUUCACCCAGAAAAAAGACCAAUAAGUGCAAAAAUAAAAGGAAAACCAGUGAAGUGCCACACGACAGCUGUGUAAGUGUUUGAAAACAUUUCAAAGCACAUAUGUGCCAAUGUGACAACAUGUGGAAAGCCUCAGGAGAGAGUCUAAGAUAAAAGCUUAGGCUGAUAGACAAGUAGUUAAAAGCUAAGAGCAGUACUCUGAAGGAAUAGGCAAAAUGUUUAUUUUCCUUAUUGUUGGUAAACAACAAACUUGGUCUUACAUCUGUGUGGCAUAGUAGAAAGGCCAGCUGACUAGAUCUCUGGACUCUAAUUUUGGCCCUACCUGUAACUUAAUUUUGUGACCACAGUUGUGUCAUUCACCGUGCCUGGGCUCUGGUUUCCUGGUUUGUAACGCAGCCCCAGCGUUCAUGUUCUAUGAUAGAGCAGAACUGAACUUAUUAACUAAUUAACUCUCUGCUAUGAGUUGUCAAGACUGAUCAUUCUGGUUUUUCUGUACACAGAAGUUUAGAUGCCUUGUGACUUAAGCAGAUGUGUGGGCUCCUUUAGGCAGGUUACAGUUAACUUUCUAGA